UCUAAAUUUGUGAUGGUAUAGUUAAAAUUAUUCCAUAACAACUUUACAUGUUGUCAACAUUUUCGCAGUUUGGAAAAAACGUACUCAAGCGCAAUAUAGUUCACCAUGACGCCUAAGAAAAUUGCAAAAAUUGUGAAUAAAUGGCGGAAAGAGGCUCUGAAAAGUGGUUGUCACAACAAAGAAAAUGGUUCUGUGACAAACAAGGGCCAUUUUGUGGUUUACGCUAUCGAUCAGAGUCGUUUUGUGAUGCCAUUGCAUUAUCUUAACAACAAUGUUUUCUUGGAGCUUUUAAGGAUCUCGGAAGAAGAGUUUGGGUUGUCUAGGAAUGGGCCUAUCACUCUACCUUGUGACGCGACUCUUGUGAAGUACUUGAUCGAUGUUUUCGAACGAGGUUUUUCUGAUGACUUGGAGAAAGCAUUGCUUGCUUCAAUAGUCGGCGAUCAAUGAAUUCAUUAGCUCGGCGAAUUGAAGGCCAUUAUUUUCUAUGUACAACAUGCUAGAUUUUAUUUGUUUAGGUCAUUUAGGCAAAGAAAUAUCUUAUCAUUUGUACGUACGUACUAUACACGGAAAAACAUGUUAAUACAAUUCAGGAAAUAAUUAUCUAUAUAUAUCUAAAA